CGUUGUCAGAAGUUGGAAUCAAAAUUUCAACAACACGGGUUCGUCUCAUCCCAGAUUCCAUUAAUUUGAAAACGAUAUCUACUGACGGUCGUUUCGAAACAUUUACAGGAGACGUGCGAAAGUAUUUACAUUGGCCAUUUACAUCGAUUAUAAGGCUUUACAGAAAAGAGAGAAAUUCAUGAAGAAACCGAAAAGUGAUGCGUUCUGGAAGAAGGCCCAUGAGCGGAAUGCUAAGCGUGUUUUUAAUUUGAUGGUAGAGUUGGAGGGUUUGUGGGUGAAACUUGGACAGUAUAUGUCCUCACGUGCUGAUGUGCUUCCUUCUGCUUUCAUUUCAAAUCUCAAGCAGUUGCAGGACUCUCUCCCUCCUCGUCCGUUUGAAGAGGUUUGUCACACUAUAGAGAAAGAACUAGGGAAAUCCACUAAGGAGCUUUUCUUGGAUUUUGACGAAAAUCCUCUGGCGACAGCAUCGAUUGCACAAGUCCAUCAUGCGACAUUAAUUGAUAGGCAGAAGGUGGUUGUUAAAGUUCAACAUGAAGACAUCAAGAAAAUCAUAUUGGAGGAUUUAAAGGAUGCAAAAUCCAUUGUUGACUGGAUAGCAUGGGCAGAACUGCAGUAUAACUUCAGCCCUAUGAUCGAUGAAUGGUGCAAAGAAGCACCACAAGAACUCGACUUCAACCACGAAGCAGAGAAUACCAGAAUCGUGUCUACAAAUCUUGGCUGCACAAGCAAAUAUGAUAGCAACAAGCCCAUCAAUCAAGUGGAUGUUUUGAUUCCAGAGGUUAUUCAGAAGGAAUCGUAGAAGGAGUACAAUAACAACAAGGGAGCGCGAGCCAAGCUUCUAUAGCAGUCUGGUUUAACUUCUAUGAUAAUUUGGCGAUGGGCUGAGAAAAAAGACUUGUGGUGGCACUGGGUCUACUGUUGUCAUAAAGGAGGAUAUUACUGUAUGAGAGGGAUUUUGGGUAUGUAUGAGAAUGGGUUUUUGGCUGGGUGUUGGUCUGAGGUGGUGCUGGUUCUAGUCGCUAGUGGUUGCUGGAUCUUCAGUGAGGAUACUAGUGCUUCAGGUGAAAGUAAGGGAGAAUGGAUGGUGAUGGAGAAAGUUUGUGUGGGAGCUGGUAUGGUUUGGUUUCUUAGAUUGCAAAAUUGAAGAAGCAGCGUCGACUGGAAUAGCUGUUUGAGGAGAUAUAGUGUUUUGGGUGAGUGAAUGAGUGCUGUGUAUGUGGUGAUUUUUUUUAUUUUUUUUUAGGGAACAUGGGAAUGGUUUUGGCUGUUUUUCUUUUGCCACUAACUAAUUCCCCUUUGCUUGUGACAUUCUUUUUACUAUUUACACGUAAAUUUUUUUUUUUUUCUUAAUGGCUUGAUCCUCAAGUAAUUAAAAUAUUUUUUAGUCUCUUAUUUUUGUUCUUUGUAUUUUUGAUCCUCUUAUCUAUUUAUUAUUAUUAUUAUUAUUAUUAUUAUUAUUAUUAUUUAUAAAAAAUAUUUUUGGGAUUCAAAAUUAGAUUAUGACAUUUGGUUUGGGCCUGGUAUUUUUUAAUUGGUUCUAAGAUUUAUAUAUAUACACAACAUCCUCAUUUGUUAGAUAUUAUUAGAUCAUUGGCCCCAUUAUGAUAAGUCAAAUUCAUUUUCUUAACAUAAAAAAAUUUCUAGGCUUUGUUAAUGUUUUUUUUAAUAGAAAAAAAUUGUAUAGAGAUUGACUUGAUGUAACCUGGUCGCCUUGACAGGUCCAAAGACAACACAAAUGACUAUUAUGUAGUUUGAUUCAAAAUAAUUAUUCAAGAUGACUUUUUUUAUAUAAAUGUUGAGACGAUAAUAUAUUGGAUUGAUUUGGGUCAACUCGAGUUAACCUGUCAAUCUUCACAUCAGGUUAUGAGACCAUGAUAACUUUAUAGAAAACAAAUCAAAACAAAUUAUGAAGUAAAAAUUUCAAUAAACCUAAUGCUGAAUGAUGAAAUUGAAAAAAAAAUUAAAAAAAGAAUCGAAAAACUAACUACAGUCAACCCGGGUUAACUUGUCAAACUCACAACAUGAUAGAAAGCAAGUUGAAGUAAAUUAUGAAUCUCAAUUCUCAACCAAUCUAAUAUUGAAAUAUGAAAUUAAAAACAAAUCGAUUAAAAAAUGUCAUAGAAAACAACUCGAGUCAACCUUAUAAUCCAAAUUAUGAGACGAAGAUAACCUCAAAAAAAGCAAACCAAAAUAAAUUAUGAAGUCUAAUUUCUAAUUAACUCAAUGUUGAAAGACAAUUGAGAAAAAAAAAUCAAUUAGAAAUAGAAAAAAAAUACUUAAGUUAACCGAGUUACCUCGUCAAAUAAAUGGUCUAACUUAUAGAUGUUAAUUAUGCACUAGUGCCGAUCAAGACUGAAUCACUUAACUUCAUUCAUAAAGCCCCAUUCCAUUUUUAGGUCACGUUUGUCAACCACUCGGAACAAUUUUUAUCUUCGCGAGCUAUUGCUGUAAGUACCGUAGCUUCAAAUGGCAAAGCCCGGGCUUUAAAAUUUCCUAUUUUGUAUGAAUAUGACUUUUGUUUUUAUGAUAAUAUGACAUGCAAUCCAAAAUACAUACGAUUCUUCUCGUCAAACUCAGUCUGACCUUCUUUCCCCUUUACUUUUAGAUAAAUGUAGAAUUAUUUUGUGAUAGCAUUCUGUAUAUUUACAUUACUAUUUACUGUUGUUGUAAUAACUUAAUUUUAUUAUGAGGAUUAAAAUUAAAAAUUAAAAAAUCAUGGAUUUAUUUUGAUAAAAAUUAUGAUUUGUCAACUUAAAAAAAAUUAGCUAUUACAAUAUAUUUUUAUCAUUGAUCUCUUCUUAUAAUCAAAAUAAUAAUAAUUAUUCAUUUUUAAAUUUAUUUUUUUAUUAAAUUCAAAUUAAAAAAAAAGAGUUUAAUCAAGACUUUAUUUUCCAUUACCUAUGAAACUUUUUUAUUAUAAAUAAAUAUCCUCAUAGAGGGGGACAUUACGGGAAAAACAGGGGAAGACAUAAAAAAACAUUACAAAGAAAAAAAAAACCCCAAACCGAACUCUAUAAUUGCCGCCCCCCCUGGAACCACCAUCACCAUGUCUUCAUGCCUAUCAACCUUCAAAAGCCACCACACAUGCUUUCAUCUGGUUGCAGGAGACGCCUUCGUCUCUCUUUUUCCCCCCCUACAGUCCAGCAACGACGGUAGACGGUUAACCGGCAGCACCCAUACAACCUGGACCCGUCUUCCUCUCAGCCGCUACUUGCAUAGGAGAAGAACAUUAGCCUCUGUCAACCUAACCGUAAGUUUCAAACCAGCCCGACAAGAGCUUCUUCUCUGCGCCAAAGCAACAACAGGAGACUUCUUUCAGCAACUUCCAUCAGCAGCAUCCGGUUGGCAGAGAACUGGAAUCCUUGCAUGUUUAAAGCACCGUCACCGCUAAUUAGUUAAUUAGAAGCUGCAACAAUCUUCCGCUAUUAUUAUAACUCAACUUUGGACGUGUUUUUAGAGAUAUGUCUACCAGUACCAACCACACUCGACAAAAACAUCACAGCAAUAGCAACAACAGGAGCUUGAGUCUCUUUCUUCGAAUAGCAGCAGCACCUGGAGUUUUUUUUUUUCUCUCCAUUGAAGUAGUGACAACGAGUGCUCCUCAGCCACACCUUUCCUCAGCUGCAGUGGCAGAACCAGCUUCAGCUCCUCCUUCCAGUGUUCAACGUCCAACGUCCUAUCUUCAACCAAGAGCAGCAUCUAGCAGAGGUUCCUAUUGCCAGCAGAAGGUAAACACAGGGAGGGAACGAACAACACAAGGCAAGACAAACGAAACAGGGAACUAGAGAAAGAACGAAGAGGAGGUAGCAUCGAUCAGUUCUUCUCCAGCGAACCAAAAAAUCAGAGAAAGAAAAGAGGAAAAAAAGCAACAUCGGUCGGCCAUUACCCCGUCAUCUGACUUCUUCUCCAACGAACCAGGUAAGUUCUUCUUGAUGUACAUGCAAAUUAUAAUUCACUUGCUACAGCAGCUGUGAAUUAUAAUUCACUUCUACUAGCUUAGGCCAGUUAGAAAAAAAUAUAGGUCUGCAUUGAUUUAAAUUUAUUUUAUUGGUUUAUUUAAAACAUCAAAGUCGGGAAUA